AUGGGAACCGGCCAAAAAAGACCGCGGCCGCAGAGCAGCAGUGACGACGUGGGCAACAGCUCCGGCUCCGGCACCGGCUCCACUUCUAGGCCGUCAUCCACCGAUAUGGCUGUCUUCCGGCCACCGAUCCUACGGUCUGCUGCACUCACGGCUACGUCUAUGCUAAAAAAGGCACUUUUCACGCAGACCUUUGACAUCUCAGCAGCGCGGAUACAUGAUCCUCGAAACAUAGCCAAGUACCAGAAGGCGCUUACCGGGACUCGAGAGCUGCUGCGAACUGAGCGACUGUCUUCGGUAGUAGAUGAUCCCGAACAGGAGCAACCGGCACCUGUGGACGCGUCUGGGGCCGUUCCUAAAGCGGCGGUAAAAACGCCAGCAAGAAGAAAGUGCCUCUUGCUGAAGGCCAGUGUCUCACCGACAUCACCGGAAACAUGGAGCACUCUUAUAAAAGAGGGUGUGGAGCGUGACGAGUUGGGAGUGAUUCCUUACAAGCUGACGCUUAAUUAUGACCAUUGGACUUCACUAGAAGAGGCUGACAGGCGAUCCGAAGGUGACAUUCUCUUUUCGGUGUUACCGGAGGAGUUCCAUGACGAUAUCCCGACCGGAUUCAAUACAGCGGGUCAUGUGGCACAUCUGAACCUCCGCGACCGGUUCAAGCCCUACAAGCACAUCGUGGCACAAGUCUUGCUGGACAAGAAUCCACAGCUGCGCACUGUCAUCAACAAGAUCGACUUGGUGGGCACCAACUCGGCGUUUCGAACUUUCCGAUAUGAAGUUCUUGCCGGUCCAGACGACCUCGAAGUCGAGGUGCGCGAGAACUUUUGCACGUACCGCUUCAACUACAGCCGCGUCUACUGGAAUAGCAAGCUCGAGCCCGAGCACACGCGCCUGCUGUACCUGUUUCAGCCGGGCCAGGCUGUGGUCGACGUGAUGGCAGGCAUUGGCCCAUUCGCCGUCCCGGCCGGCCGCCGGGGAGUGUUUGUGUGGGCCAACGACAUGAACCCAGACAGCUACGCGGCGCUGGUCGACGCUAUCCAGCGUAACAAGGUGACGUCCUAUGUGCGACCCUUCAACGAGGACGGGCUUGUGUUCAUCCGGAAGGCCGCAGAUCUCGUUCAGGAGGCGUCCACAGCAGGCGAGGGCGCGGCUGAGGUGAUACCACCAUCCAAGAAUGGAGGUGGCGGCGGUGGGUUGUCAAAGGCAGCCAAAGCCAAGGGGGCUCCACGUCGAUUCAUAACGGUGCCGCGCACGGUCGACCACUUUGUCAUGAAUCUGCCGGCGUCGGCCAUCACGUUCCUGCCCAAGUUUCGAGGCCUGUAUACUGGUAGCGAGGCGCUCUUUGGCGUGGUGGAGGGUGAUCGUCAGCCAGUGGAUGCGGGCGACAACGACAACAGUAGUUCCACUUGGCCCCGUCUGCCCAUCAUCCACGUGCACUGCUUCGCGCCCAAGAACGACGAGGACGAUGGGAUAUCGAAGCGCGAGGUGUGCGAGCGCGUAGCCGAGCAGCUUGGCGUGCCCAUGCGGCUUGUGAUGCAGUACGCCGAUGUCGAGAAAGACAACCCUACAAGCCGGACUGCAGCCGACGAGAACCCGGUGUACGUGCAUAAUGUGCGGGCUGUGGCGCCACAGAAGUCCAUGUUCUGUGCCAGCUUCCGGCUCCCAGCCACGGUAGCAUUCGCACCACGGGAUGAGUGA